AUGGACAAGGGAAGCCAUGAGGAGAACAACGACAUCAUCUCUGGAGAUUUCAUGGCGAAAAGGAAACGAGGUCGCCCGAGAAAACACAUGAAGCUAGGCUCGAACAACGAGCAGUCUCUUGGUCAUCCUCCUCCAGGGUUUAGCAGGAGUCAGCAGCAGGCUCAGCAGAGAGACAACGAUGAAGCUAUGGUUGGACAACCGGUUAGUGGCGUGAUUGAGGCAACAUUUGAAGCCGGGUUCUUACUUUCGGUUAAGUUUGGGAAUUCAGACAGAAUGCUUAGAGGUGUUGUGUUCAAGCCUGGUCGAUGCGAUCCUGUAUCUGUUGAUAACGAUAUUGCUCCUGAUAUUCCAAUGAUUCGAAGGAACAACAACGUCGUGCAUCAUCAAGGCUCAGCUAAAGGAGGUCGCAAAUCUAGAUUCCGGGAGAAACGUGGUAGUAAUGUUAAAAGCAGAGCAUUGGUUCCUGUCCCGAUUCAGCCCGCUCAUUCGACAAUACCCAAGAAUCUUUUGGUUCCUGUCGUCCUUCAGCCUGCCAAUCUACAGAAUGGUGGCAGACAGGUCCCAGUCCACCAUGGUCCUAUGCAGACCGAGACCGGGUCUCAAGCGAGUGGAGGGAGUAAUGGCAAGCCGUUUGAGACUCUGCUUACACAGGUGAUGAAGAAAAGUCAAGUCCAUCACGCAGCACAGUCCAUUGAAGCCGAGUCAGACGAGCAGGCUCUGUCUAUCGAGCCAUUGCAGGCGAUACACCCAGUUCAUCCAGUACAUGUGCCAAAACCAAUGCCGAGUUAUGGACAAGGCAAUAUGACAGAACUCCUUCAGGCCGUGCAGGGGAAUGUGAGAGAGAGCCCUUUUUCUCAAGGACAAUGA